UAACAUAUCAACUGUAACAAGAAGAGAAAAAGAUUAAAACGGAAGAAUGGAUCGCUCUCAGGAUAUUAGGUACAAGGCUGGUGAAGCUAAGGGCCAUGCUCAGGUGAAGAAAGAUGAGAUGGUGAACAAGGCGAAAGACACAGCUCAGACGGUGAAGGAUAAGGCGAGUGAUGCGGCGCAAUCGGCGAAGGAUAGCAUGUCCAGCAAUUCGCAAUCCGCUCGUUGCUCUGCACAAGAGAGCAAGGAAGAGGCUGCUGGUUUUCUCCAACAGACUGGGGAGCAGGUGAAGAACAUGGCUCAAGGAGCAGUGGACACUGUGAAGAACACACUUGGCAUGAACGACAACAGACCCAAUUGAUGCCGUCCAUGUGUGGCCUCGUGGUUUUAUUUGGAUUUUUGAGAUUAUUUGUUGAGAUUGCAUUGUCUUGUUUUUUUUUUCUUUGGUUUUUUUGUUUCCUAUUUUGUUGUUUGUCUCCUUGGCGUCCGCUUCGUUAGAGGAGGAUGUGAGCAUGGAAAACCCUUUGUCAUAUGUUUUCCUGCUUUGUUUGAAGAAAAGACUUCAAUAUAAAGGCCAAGAAUUUUGAGUCAAGACCAAGAAAAUAAGUUUAUUGACAUGGGUGUGGUAUGGCUGUAUUCUUAAACAAUCAAAUCAAAUUAAAGUGUUCUUCCCAA